CCACCUUUUGCCCCUAACUCGAUCAUGUCGCAAUGGACCUCCUCACAAGAGUCCUCGAUUAGCAGCUGGGGACGACCCGAGUCGCCGGGUCCAUUGGACAGGAGGGGCCCUCUUCUCAUCGAAGAAGAGGAUAUUCCCGAAAGCUCGCUUGCCUCGGCUACUCACGAUAGAGACCAUGCUUUCUAUUGGUGGUACGGAGCCAACGCCGGUGGCUACGUGCUGGCCUUUGGGAAGAACAGAGGCCAACGAAUUCGCGAUGUCAGUAUUGGCUACCUGGAUUAUUCUACCAGGGAGCAUGCCGAUACGUGCAGGUGCAGUUUGCAUGUUGCGAUUAGGAACUACGAAGAGGGCCUCUGGGCAUGGGUUGUUGAUCAUUACGAAGAUUUCGUCAUUGUUUUCGGCGAGAAGUUCCGGGAGAGGACGUUGUUCCAGGCCUAUAACCAUCCGGGAUGGGAUGGCUGGGAGCAGUACAUGGAAAGCCCACAGCGAACCUGGAUGAGAACGCAUCAAGGAGGAGAGCGUAGCUCGAUGAACUGGGUUAGUACCCCUACUGGUGGAAAGUAUCGAUUCUUCUGGGCGGCAUUCGAUCGUUUCAAAAACGAACCUCGAUCCAUCCACUCCAUGACCCGGUACAGCAGGCAAGAAAUCAUGCGCUCGCUGCGUUCAGGUAUCCCACUGGUCGAGGCUCAGCCUCCUCCAUCUUCGACGACGCGCAGUGAUAGGGAUGGUGGCGAGGACGACGACGUGCUCAGUUCCCUCGUCGCCAACCUGGGUAACAUCCAAGUGCGCGAUCUCGACAGGGACUCAGGUUCGGAGGCGCAUACCGUUACAGCAACUGAGACAGAACGCGCCGCACGCCUGAAUCCCGCAGAUCAUGCUGAAGAGGCUCGGCGCGCGACACCACCCCCUCGAAAUGCUCAGCCUGAUCCUCUAGCGACGCCUCCAAGGCGAAAGAAUCCCCCGCUGAACGAACAGCAGGGAAUUGUUUCCGUUCCACCGAUUCGAAGGGUUCUGAAGCGCGGCGAGGAGCCAACUGCUAGCACUUCAGCCUCGGCUCCCAAUACUCCUCGUCGUUCGCCUCGUAUUUCGAACCCUCCUGCAAAAUCGAACAAAGAAGGGACACCGCGUCCAACUCUAUCUGGCAGAACUCGCCGAUCGGGAGAGCAGGUUCCAAAGCAAUCUGUUGGAAAUCCAAAGCCUCAGUGGAGAUUUUGAAUGCGCAUCUAUGUACGGCCAUGUGAACCUUACUAUUUAUUUCCGAGGCUUUUCAGCUUCCAUCGGACCUGUCGCUCCUCUCCCCCUUUCAUUCAAUCUUGUAUUUGUAUGUCCCGGACAAUCUCGAGGCCCUGGCAGUGGCA